AUGGCACGAUCUAACAGACUCGGCAUUCUCAGGAGAUCGCAUAAUCAUUUGACCAAAUCUGCAACGCUCUGUCAAUUCAUCCAAAAACCUACUGGUUCAUCUACCUCGCCUCCACCGCACGUUGAAAGCGUGCUUACAGGCACCAAGCUUGUUCGAACUGGUUUGAAGUCUUCCGAGAAUGCCGAUUCGUCAGCAACUUCAAAGGCACUAAACGGCACUUCAGUCCGUGCAAAGAGGCUGAAGGCAAAACGCCGCCUAAAUGGUACUAGAUCUAGCCUUCCUGCUACUAAAAAAAAUUCGGCUUCCACGGACGCCUUGUCCCACGUAGCCAAGCCAGACGCAAGUCGAUUUCCCUCUUCCGAUGCAAUUGAAACCCCUUUUUUGUCGCCCAUUUCUUCGUCUGAAAGCCACGCCGAUUAUGAGGAGUUUGUUAGGGCUUUUGCUGUACCUACUCAUCUCUAUCGAUACCUCGCCAGUCGCCACCGCUUGAGGCCCAUAUAUUUGACUCGAAACCUCCGUUAUAUGUGGCCAGCUAGAGUUGAUUCGGACAAAGUAAAGCGUGAUCGAAAAAUCGAAAACGUAGUAGCCAAGAUCUACGAUGGGCGCCCUGUUCGACCGAGACGUUCACAAAGGACUAGCACUUCAGCUUCUCCAACCACUAAUUGCAACGGUCCGGAGCUCGCCUUGUCCACACAGUGGCCCGAUGAGGUUGAAUUAAUCGUAGAGGGUUUCUUUGACAGCGAAAAAGAAACCGAUUGGGUUACUGUUGAAGCCAAACUCACUCUCCAGUCUCGUCUGGGGUGGACGUGGCGUCGAAAAUCCCGUCAACGCGACACCCUGGUUCUCCUCGGCCGAGAUGUGGACUGUGCGUGCAAUCCGGAGAAAGCAGUUCCCUCUAGUGGCUCCAACUCGUACCGUUUUCGACUAUCAGAGAUGCUCGAAGCUGCGGGGGGCGAAGGUGGUGGCCCCAGAAGCCCGGCGCUCGUCUGUCAACGCGUGAGCAGUGCUCAGUUGGAGUUGCGGGUUAAGGCUAAGGAGAGGAGACGCGCGAAACGCAUCAACGGCUGCGCGCCCGGCGAGACUCUAAGUCAAACCGCCUACGUCGUGCACUACUCCACCGCUCCCCUUCCACUCUUCUACGUGUCACCGCCUGCCGCAACUAGCUGUGGCGAUUCCGCCAGGUUUCCGCAAUUCCUGCUCUCCCCGGGUCUUUACGAACUGCGCCUCGGGAUUCAGGCUGAACCCGAGGCGAUGCCCCCGAACGUCAGCCAGCUGAGCACUCUGGCUGCGGACUCCGCCAUGUCGCUGGAGGGCGGCGCCGCGACCAGUGGGGGGGAUCGCGUGUCCUUCCAGGGCCCCGGAGAGGGUGCAUUCCGUUUCCCCAAGGUUUCCGCGGCCGUCGACGAGUACUCGAGGUGGCCGCGUCUUCGAUUCCACGUUGUCUGGCAUAGCUCCGCCGCGUCUGGCAAGACUGCUCGCCAGCGACACAAUUCCUCCCAAAAACAUCCCUCAUCUGUCCCACUGAGAUUAAGUUCUCCGAAGAGCGUGAAAAGACAUUCCGCGGACUCGCUGCCAACACCACCGUCGAUGAGCCCAAUCAGUCUCCUGACUCCUACCAGCACCACCCCCACCGCCGCCACGACACCACAGAAACUGCAAAAGCACCAAUCACCCGACGAUCCAGUUGCCUCCACCCCCGUCUACGUCACCUAUCGAUUCCUCUACGGGGAGGACGAUAAGCGACUGCAACAGUGGAGCGAGACCCAGGACAUGAUUUGCCCGUGGUGCAAACUCAACUGUCGCCGUGGCCAAGCUAAUCCUCCCAGUUCCCUGCUGGCGCACCUGCGAUCGUGUCACCCACGCUUCCGAUUCAGGGCGAACUGGAAUCCGCGACGCCAGCAUCUCUCGCUGGAGGUCUCUCUCAACGACAGCUACGACGGCUCCAACGACUGCGUUAUGCGGUCGCAUCGUCUCGGCACUGCCUCCACUGUUGCCGCGACGUCUGUGGAUCCGUGUCUGUUGGAGACUGCCGCCUCGCGCAACCCCAACCAACUGCCUCUAGUCGGUGGAUGGACGGGCUAUGGCGGUGGACCUGAGGACGUUUUUCGUAACUCGCGAAGAGCUGCUGCGGAGGCCUUACUGCGUGAGCAUCGACCCAGCAAACGCCUUCCCUACACCCACCUCAUCUACUGGCGUGGGGCAGAGCAUCUAGUUAGACAUCCCCUUGAGUCAUCCCUGACAACACGCCCCCUGGCAGUUGGUCAUAACCGUGUUUACUUCCACACCACCACUAUGCAGCCCAUCUCACCGGCCGUCUUCGAUGAACACGACUCCGAGUCGGAAGACGCGCCGGAAUGGCUCUGUCAGCAUUACCAGCGCAAGGUGGAGGAGUUCACUGACGUCAACAAGGGUGAGAAGGAGAUGAUGCAGAUUUGGAAUGCCUUCUUGCUCUCAGUGAAGCCGGCCGAGACGGUUGUGUGCGACAACCAGAUGGCCAACCUGGUCCUGGCCUUCAUCGAGACCUACGCCGGUCUCAUUCACCGUCGAGGGCUGCGCAGCAACCUCAUUCUCCACCUCACCAACCUCUACGACUACGGCCUGGCGUCGCCGAGUCUGGUGCGCAGGGCGCUGGUUGCGUUCAACCGGAGUGCGGACAAAAUGGCCGAAGACGGCGACAUGAAACCACCCGCUUGA